AGACGACCUCCGGCUCAGAAGGAGACCAAAGUCGAUUUGUGACGCAAUGGCUGACGACGAGGAGGUCAACCCCAAGGCGUAUCCUCUGGCCAAGGAGGCGCUCACUGUGACCAUCCUGGACUUGGUGCAGCAGGCUGCCAACUAUAAGCAGCUCAAAAAAGGCGCCAACGAGGCCACCAAGACGCUGAACCGGGGCACGGCGGAGCUGGUGAUCCUGGCGGCGGAUGCCGAGCCCCUGGAGAUCCUCCUGCACUUGCCGUUGGUGUGUGAGGACAAGAACGUCCCGUAUGUCUUCGUGAAGUCCAAGACGGCGCUGGGACGAGCUUGCGGCGUGUCCAGGCCGGUUAUUUCUUGCUCGAUCACAUCGAAAGAAGGUUCUCAGCUGAACACGCAGAUUCAGGAGUUGAAGGAUCAGAUCGAAAUGAUCCUGGUCUGAGGCUGAAAUGCAAAAGCCCCAUCCUGGGUUAGGAAAUAAAGGGCGAUGCGUCACCCGUUGGACUCCUCGGAUGUGCAAAGUCGGAGCAAGGACGCAAAAAGACGGCGGCCGCGGAGCGAGCGACUCAUUGGUAUCUCAAUGGCCGCAGUUUCAAAGCGGACUAUCAUAUACCCCUGGCCUGAAACCCAUGCGAACGUGUCAAGUUUUUUGGAGACCGCCGUUUGGUUGGUUUUAGGUCGGGAAACCUGAAGGAACAUGAAGGAACCCCACCAUUUGAACCCGAUUCUUGAG